UGUUAUUUUAUUCAGGUUAUAUGGAUCCACAACCUCAAAACGCCAACACAAUAGAAAUCGUAUUUCAAAAUCAUUUGAAACUUACAAAAGUGCAAUAUGUAGAUCCGUCAACAACAAAGAUGACAUUGCUGCUGGGUUAAAGCAACCGCAUGAUCAUGUAGGUAAUCCUGCUAAUUAUAGUUGGGAUUCAGCUGGCUGUCUUGCUAAAGUUGGCAGCUUGCCUGAUGGUCAUGCAGUUAAUUACACCCAGCUUGCCAAUGAAUUCACAUUGUUAAAUGCAAAAGGGGAUACACCCAAGAAUGCUGGCCAAGUGAUUAAGACAUUUUUAAAUGAUAGUGGUUGUGAUUUGAACCGACUCAAACCAUUCAGUGCAAAGCCAAGGGUUAGAAGGAUGAAGAGAAGACUGCUUGGUACUAAUAUCACUAUGCCGACCGAAGAAAGAAGUGAGGAAAUAGAAGCAAAAAUGAAAGAACUUGUGGCAAAGGGUGUAUAUUCAGUUGGAGAGUUGUUGGUCCCGCAAGAGUUUGAAAGUUUGUCCCUUGUCGAUGGAGAAAUUAAAACAGAAAAACUUUCAGUAUCAGGCAGAAAAAACGAUAUCACAACAAUAUGUCAGUCUUUGGCGAAAAAGCACAAACCGUAUUACCGAUUACACCCAGAUUCUUUUUACGACAAAAUCGAUAAUGAAACACUGGUUUUCGAAUUAAACAGAUUGGACCUGUGCGUUGAUGACCAAGACUUCGACGCGUCUGUAGCACUUUUGAAGAAGCUGCAACGGCAACGUCAUUUCGGGAAUUGGCAUGAUACAUCGUCAAUUUCUAAUCACUCGCAUCUACUUAUUACAAUGUUCUGUUUAUUUGACAAAGCUGUUUUUUACACUGAUGAAGAAUAUUUUGAGAAGACAGGUAAGGUUUUAGACGUUUUAGGUACUAUUUAGGAGCGAAAAAAGUUCUUAACUGUAUGUUCCUCGUAUUUUCGAAAUACAUAUUAUAACUGGAUAAUAUCCGGUUGAUAAAUAAAA